AUGUUGUCCUGGGUCUACCCUAUCCGGAUCGUCCAGGCUAUCUUUGCCCUGGCGACCAUCGGUCUCACUGCAUACGUCAUCGGAUCUUUAUAUUCCGAAUGGUCCUUCUCCAAUGUGAUCUACUUCAUGCUCUUCAAUGGCUGCUGGACAGCCGUCGUCGCCGUCCCCUACCUAGGCCUCGCUCCACUCUGGCUCCCACGCAUCUCGCACGAGUUCGUCAUUCCCGCCGUCGAGUUGAUCACCAUGGGACUCUGGCUCAGUGGAUGGAUUGCCAUGGCUGCAAUGAUCCCACACCCGAGCCAGUGCAACUAUGCCAGUUGCCAUGCUCUUGAGGCGCAGAUUGUUGUUGGGGCUAUUGAAUGGGCUCUUUUCUUGUUCACAAAUGUCUAUGCUGUUAUGGAUGUUAAGAACUCGAGGAGCAACCACAGGGCUCGUGAGCAGCAGGAGCAGCAGCCCGAGAUCUCUCAGGUUGAUGCUGCCGAGACUGCGUAA